UCGGGCCGUGUGGGAGGUUGUGGAGAGAAUGGUGAAAGGCACAGGGAGUGUGGAUUCCAGCAAACCCUGGCUCCCCUACUUCCCUGACUGUAUGGCCCUGGGUACCAGAGUGUUGUGAGGAGAUUAUAUAGAGAAUGUGUUUUGCCUUAUGUCUGGUAUACUCGAAUAAAUGCUAGCUGAGGUUAUUUCAGCCAGGCAUUUGGAGAGCCACUUGUGCCUCAGUUUCCUGACCUGUAAAAUAGGGAUGGCCACCUGCCUUUCCUCUCUGCCCCCACUAUUGUGAGGGCGGAAGGGUUAAUUAUCCUUCAGCCUCGAGGGCCUGGGGUGGGGGAGGUGCUGCAUAAACAGAGCAUUGUUGUGCUGGUGAAUGAUCUGGCUUUGUUCUGAAGUCUUCAGUAUUUGAUUCCUGCAGUUAGUAUCCCCUGUGCUUAAUUGCUGGAGGUUUGUGCAGGUCCUCAGCCCUGUGGCGCUCACCUCCCAGGGCUGUGGCCUGGGUCCCUACCCAGCGGGGACCUGCAGAAUUGUGUCGGGAAGUUGCAUUUCCUGGGCUAGGGCCCCCCAGCAAUCAGGAAUGAGAGAAAUGCAGAAAGUAUGACCCACACGCAGAACUGGUUCUGAAUAGAACAUUUAUUGACGAAGUUUUGCAGGAGGCGGCGGGCGCUUUAAUUCCCGAGGCUGUUGGUGGCAGCUCGCUGCUCACCCCAAGCCUGUUAACUGCUGGGCUGCCGGUGCUGGGGACAAUGCGGCUGCCCGGCCCCUCGCCACCCUCGUGGUGCCCGGAUGGGAGCUCUCCUGAGGCAAGCGAAUCUCCCUGGGGUGCCCUCCCCAGGCAGCAAUGCCAGGAUGCCUGUGUCCACCUCCCUCCACCAGGAUGGCAGCCAGGAGCGGCCGGUGAGCCUGACCUCUACCACCUCCUCGUCGGGCUCCUCCUGUGACAGUCGCAGUGCCAUGGAGGAGCCCAGCAGCUCCGAGGCUCCCGCCGAGAAUGGGGCAGGCUCCCCGAGAAGCCGGCAUCUCCCCAACAGCAACAACAACUCCAGCAGCUGGUUGAACGUGAAGGGGCCCCUCUCCCCGUUCAACAGCCGGGCAGCGGCAGGGCCUGCGCACCACAAGCUCAGCUACCUGGGCCGAGUGGUGCGGGAGAUCGUGGAGACAGAGCGCAUGUACGUGCAGGACCUGCGCAGCAUCGUGGAGGACUACCUCUUGAAGAUCAUUGACACACCUGGGCUGCUGAAGCCAGAACAGGUCAGCGCCCUCUUUGGGAACAUAGAAAACAUCUACGCACUGAACAGCCAGCUCCUCAGAGACCUGGACAGCUGCAAUAGUGACCCCGUGGCUGUGGCCAGCUGCUUUGUGGAAAGGAGCCAAGAGUUUGAUAUCUACACUCAGUAUUGCAACAAUUACCCCAACUCCGUGGCCGCCCUGACGGAAUGCAUGCGGGACAAGCAGCAGGCCAAGUUCUUUCGGGACCGGCAGGAGCUGCUACAGCACUCGCUGCCCUUGGGCUCCUACCUGCUGAAGCCAGUCCAGCGCAUCCUCAAGUACCACCUGCUGCUCCAGGAAAUUGCCAAGCAUUUUGAUGAAGAAGAGGAUGGCUUUGAGGUGGUGGAGGAUGCCAUUGACACCAUGACCUGUGUGGCCUGGUACAUCAACGACAUGAAGAGGAGGCAUGAGCACGCGGUCCGGCUCCAGGAGAUUCAGUCACUCCUCAUCAACUGGAAGGGGCCCGACCUGACCACCUACGGGGAACUUGUCCUGGAGGGCACAUUCCGCGUGCAUCGCGUGCGCAAUGAAAGGACCUUUUUCCUCUUUGACAAAACACUGCUUAUCACCAAGAAGCGGGGCGAUCACUUUGUCUACAAGGGCAACAUCCCGUGCUCCUCCCUGAUGCUGAUCGAAAGCACCAGAGACUCCCUGUGCUUCACCGUCACCCACUACAAGCACAGCAAGCAGCAGUACAGCAUCCAGGCCAAGACAGUGGAGGAGAAACGGAACUGGACUCACCACAUCAAGAGGCUCAUCCUAGAGAACCACCAUGCCACCAUUCCCCAGAAGGCCAAGGAAGCCAUCUUGGAAAUGGAUUCCUAUUAUCCCAAUCGGUACCGCUGCAGCCCAGAGCGGCUGAAGAAGGCUUGGUCCUCCCAGGAUGAGGUGUCCACCCAUGUGCGCCAGGGGCGCCGGCAAUCUGAGCCUGGUCACUCUCCGUACAGCCGGGCAACUCUCCCCAGCGGUCAGCGAGGCUUCGUGAUGCCCAGCCUUAAGGGCCGUAGAAAGUCUGAGCCAACCAAACACCUGCUCAGGCAACUCAACGAGAAAGCCCGAGCAGCAGGAAUGAAGCAUGCAGGCAGUGCUGGAACCCUCCUGGACUUUGGGCAGCCCUCCCGUACUCGGGGCCUGCAGCCAGAGGCUGAAGGGGCUACCCAGGAGGAGGAAGAGGAAGAGGAGGAGGUGGUGGAGGAGGAGGAGGAGGAGGAGGAGGAGGAAGAGCAGGCCUUUCAGGUCUCUCUGGAGGACCUGACAGGGCAUGAAGGCAACGAGAAGGGGGCUGGGCCGGAGCCCCCAGGCUCAGAGGAGGAGGAGGAGGAGCAGGAGGAGAGCCUGGCGGUGGCGGAGCAGGUAGCCGACUUUGCCAGCUCCCUGCUGGCCGCCCUCCACUGCUGGCACUAUCGGGCCAACGCUUUACUUUUCUCCCGGGGCGCUAUGGGAAAGGGGCACAGGGAGUCUGAAAGCUCCAGGAGCAGCAGAAGGCCCAGUGGCCGGUCUCCAACCAGUACUGAGAAGCGCAUGAGCUUCGAGUCCAUUUCUUCCCUGCCAGAGGUUGAGCCGGACCCUGAGGCUGGGAGUGAGCAAGAGGUAUUUGCUGCUGUGGAAGGGCCCAGUGCCGAGGAGAUGCCUUCAGACACAGAAUCUCCAGAAGUCCUGGAGACACAGCUUGAUGCCCACCAGGGCCUUCUGGGGAUGGACCCCCCGGGUGACAUGGUGGACUUCGUGGCGGCUGAGAGCACUGAGGACCUUAAGGCCCUGAGCAGCGAGGAGGAAGAAGAAAUGGGGGGUGCCGCCCAGGAGCCUGAGAGCCUUCUGCCACCCUCCGUGCUGGACCAGGCCAGUGUCAUUGCGGAGCGAUUUGUCAGCAGCUUCUCUCGGCGGAGCAGCGUGGCACAGGAGGACAGCAAGUCCAGUGGCUUUGGGAGCCCACGGCUGGUCAGCCGGAGCAGCAGCGUGCUCAGCCUGGAGGGCAGCGAGAAGGGCCUGGCCCGGCAUGGCAGUGCCACAGACUCCCUCAGCUGUCAGCUCUCCCCAGAAGUGGACAUCAGUGUGGGGGUGGCCACAGAGGACAGCCCUUCUGUCAAUGGGAUGGAGCCCCCAAGCCCAGGCUGCCCAGUGGAGCCUGACCGGUCUUCCUGCAAGAAGAAGGAAUCGGCACUCUCCACCCGAGACCGGCUGUUGCUAGACAAGAUUAAGAGCUAUUAUGAAAAUGCAGAACACCAUGAUGCAGGCUUCAGCGUCCGUCGCCGGGAGAGCCUCUCCUACAUCCCCAAAGGACUCGUAAGAAACUCCGUCUCCAGGUUCAACAGCCUUCCCCGGCCAGACCCAGAGCCAGUACCUCCAGUGGGGAGCAAGAGACAGGUGGGCUCCCGGCCGACUUCGUGGGCCCUGUUUGAGCUCCCAGGACCAAGCCAGGCAGUCAAAGGGGACCCACCUCCCAUCUCAGAUGCUGAGUUCCGCCCAUCUUCAGAAAUUGUGAAGAUCUGGGAGGGAAUGGAGUCUUCCGGAGGGAGCCCUGGGAAGGGGCUAGGCCAGGGCCAGGCCAAUGGCUUUGACCUGCAUGAGCCACUCUUCAUCCUGGAGGAGCAUGAGCUGGGAGCCAUCACAGAGGAGUCGGCCACUGCCUCCCCGGAAAGCUCCUCUCCCACUGAGGGGCGCAGCCCGGCCCACCUGGCCCGGGAGCUGAAAGAGCUGGUGAAGGAGCUGAGCAGCAAUACCCAGGGGGAGCUGGUGGCCCCACUGCACCCCCGCAUCGUGCAGCUCUCCCACGUAAUGGACAGCCAUGUGAGCGAGCGCGUCAAGAACAAGGUCUACCAGCUGGCCCGCCAGUACAGCCUCCGGAUCAAGAGCAACAAGCCAGUGAUGGCCAGGCCACCACUGCAGUGGGAAAAGGUGGCCCCUGAGAGGGAUGGGAAGAGCCCCACUGUGCCCUGUCUACAGGAAGAGGCUGGAGAGCCAUUAGGUGGCAAAGGUAAGAGGAAGCCGGUGCUAUCUCUAUUCGACUAUGAGCAGCUGAUGGCCCAGGAGCACAGCCCUCCCAAGCCCUCCUUGGCUGGGGAGAUGUCACCACAGCGUUUCUUCUUCAACCCGUCUGCUGUCAGCCAGAGGACCACCUCGCCUGGGGGCCGGCCCUCCGCCCGGGGCCCCCUCAGCCCCACAGAGACCUUCAGCUGGCCCGACGUCCGUGAGCUCUGCUCCAAGUAUGCCUCCCGCGAUGAGGCACGCCGAGCAGGGGGCGGCCGGCCCCGUGGCCCACCCGUCAACAGGAGCCACUCGGUGCCGGAGAACAUGGUGGAGCCACCUCUGUCAGGCAGGGUGGGCCGCUGCCGCAGCCUGAGCACCAAGAGGGGCCGGGGAGGCGGAGAGGCUGCUCGAUCCCCUGGGCCUCUGCCCCAGAGCAAGCCGGAUGGAGGCGAGACCCUGUAUGUCACUGCAGACCUCACCCUGGAGGACAACCGGCGGGUGAUUGUCAUGGAGAAGGGACCCCUUCCCAGCCCCACUGCAGGGCUGGAGGAGAGCAGUGGCCAGGGACCAAGCUCACCAGUGGCCCUGCUGGGGCAGGUUCAGGACUUCCAGCAGUCUGCAGAGUGCCAGCCGAAGGAAGAGGGUUCCAGGGACCCGGCAGACCCGAGCCAGCAGGGCAGAGUGAGAAACCUUAGAGAGAAGUUCCAGGCCUUGAACUCUGUCGGUUGAUGCUGACUCCUGGGGGAGGGAGGAGUCAUGUUGGAGGUUGGGGAAAAACCUGGGCAUCCUUCCCCUCAAGCCUGGGCUCAUGGAGCCCCUGCCCAGGGCCCUCAGGUGGGCGGAAAGUCCAUCCCCUCCGCCCUUCAGGAAGGAUGCUCCUGUGUGCAGGGGUCUCCUGCCUGUGCCAUCCACUGGGGCUCGAGACAAUUUCCCACUCACCUGUGAGGCCGGUGUGGCUGCUUCCCUUGUAAAUAGUUGUUCUCUGGUAAGAAGCCAAAUAUUUAAGCUCACUUCUUCCCAGAGAGAGGAAGCUCUGCUCAGGCCUCCAGCGUUGGCUGGCCAUGGCCACAGCCAGAUGGAGGAGCCCACCCCCAGGAGACUCAGGCAGUGGCCUGGAGAGGCUUUGUUCUGUAACGGUGCCUUUUCUUAGGGUCCAGGCAGGAAUGAAGCCAAUAAUUUAUUGCUUUCCAUUCUGUGGUAUGAUGUGCGUGUGCGUGAGUGUGUGGCCCCUGUUUAUUCCCCUCCUGUCAAGAAUGAAGUGGAUUCAGUUCAGGUACUUUUGAGGGUUGUUUUGCUGACCCUGUGGUUGUCGCUGAUGUACACACAUUUCAUUAUUUGCCAAUGGUGCAAUAACCACUGCUGACCAACC